GUUUUACAAAGACUUUGAAAAGAAUGUCAGGAUUCCCAGGUCUGAGUUUUCUAGGCCCAAAAAGCAAGAACGCUGUUGUAGCGGGAGGCUUGACAGCCUUUGUGUUUGGAGUAUACUUCUACACGAUGAAGGCCGUUGGUGGCACUGACGAGCUUCAGAUGGCUAUAGACAAGUUUGAAGACCAGAAACAUGUUGAGACCGACCCCAAGGUUCCUCCAUCAAAGGCCUGAAGAUCUUUACUAGCUUUGAUAUGUAUCAACAAAACCCAUCGUUUUAUCUUUGUGUUCCAAAGUUAUUACUUCACGAGACUGGCUCGUUUCUGGCUUGCAUCUAUAUUUUAAGUCCAAUCCUUAAAUACAGUGGUUAAAGAAGAGAGUCUCUUAUUAGGACUUUGUUUUGAUGUAAUCUAUAAUAAUCUUGUACCUAAACGCUUGUUAUAAGGUUUGGUUAUCCUUAAAGGUC